GAUACGGAUACCCAAGGUGGUUGUUGUUAUUUUUUUAUUUAUUUAUUUUUUUUUUUUAAAAAUUUUGUUAAGGGGUUUUAUGUUUCUUGAAAAUCAUGUUUACUUUAUUGAUAUUAUGCUCCAUAGGUGUUCGACAAUUAUUGAUUAUAUAAUAGCAAAUACGGAAUAUCAAAAUGUACAUUGGAUUCAUAUGCCGUAUUUUGACUUUAAAAGUGAAUUAUAAGUCUAAAAGAUUCGAUAAGAUUUCUAUUAACUUGAUUUUUAACCUAUUUUUGUUGUAAGUGAAUAGUAAGGUAAAUAAAACAGUGUAUUUAGGGGUUAUUUUGAUUUACCGAAAACAAUUGAGUUGAACUGAUUGGGGCUGAAUUGAAUUGAAAUGUUUAUGAAAGAAGAAAUUAGAAACUAUUCGUAAUUGAUUGGAGCAUAGCUGAAUUGAAAUGAAAUUAAGCCCAACAGAAUAGCCCUUACGGGACGUUUGGAUUGUGGGAAUGAGAGUUUGGGGAUUAAAAGGUGGGAAUGGGAUUGAGAUUUAAUUGAUGGUAUUACAUGAAAAAUUGCCAAUACAAAUAUACCCUUACUAAGAUUACUAUUUCAUUCUUUUUAUUAAUGGCAAAAAUGUCAUUUCGCCCCUAUUUCCAUUCCCAUAUAUUUAUUACCUACCCUCCAUAGAUAAUAAAAUGGUGAAAAUUCACCAAUAAAUAAUCUCAUUUCCAAACCCUUUUAAAUUCUUAUUCCCACCAAACAAACAAGACUUAUUUUUUCGAUUCCCAAUCCCACCCUCAAUUCCCACUUGCCAAACACCCCCCUUAGAACAAAAGGGGGAGUAAUAGAAAUUAGAAAUAGACGAACUUAGCUCUUUCCCGCGCUCUCUAUCUCUCUCUCUCUCAGUUUCUCCAUUGAAGCGACUUCUGAUACUUCGCAUUACUUUCCUCCAUUGAAGCAGCUUCUUAGGACCCUUUAAUGUCAGUAUGAAACUAUGAAAUUGGACCUUUAUUCGGCAGUUGCCCUACCUGCCCUGGCUCAGGGAUGGGCAUGGACGUGUUCUCUUCAACUUAUUUUUUCUGCGAUAAGUCAAGAUAAGCUGAGGAGAACAUAAUUUAAACCAUAGUCCAUAUUUUUUAUGUUAGUUGAUGCCCUUCUACAUCCCAGAUUUGCUGCUAAUUAGUGGAUUUUAGAAAACAAUUUUUCUAACAUCAAACAACUAGGAUAUUAUGCAUAUAAUAGAUACAAAAGGAGUUAAUUAUAUCUUUGAUUCAUUAUUUCCAUUAGAUUUUAAUAUUAAAUGUCUAAUUGUAUAUCAAUCCUAUUCAAUAAGUUUAUAUAACAGUACAUAAACACGGGGAGCAAUAUAUGAUUUAGUUCGAUAUUUGCACAAAACUUGUUUUUGUUGCAAUUGUUGUUUUUCCCUCAAAAGUAAUAUUCAGUAAUCAAAUAAAAAUUUCAGUUUGGGCAGGCAAACAGAUAGGUUAGUUGUGGCAUAGUUUGAUGGAAACCAUCAAACCUUUGCCAGAGUCUGUUCAAAGUAUAGUGCGUUCUGGGUUCAUCAUCAGCUGCUUUUCAACUGUUGUUGAAGAGCUCAUAUAUAACAGCUUAGAUGCUGGUGCAACAAAGGUAUCUGUAUCUGUAGCUGUUAACAAUGGCUACGUUAAAGUAGAAGAUGAUGGAUCUGGCAUUAGCCGGGAUGGACUGGUGCUGCUGGGAGAACGCUAUGUGACAUCAAAACUUCAGCAUAUUCAUAAAAAAGAUAAUUUAGAAGAAAGCUUUGGGUUUCGUGGAGAGGUUCUGUGCUCAAUUGCUGACAUUUCUUUAGUAGAAGUUGUAACAAGAGUACAAGGGAGGCCUAAUGGCUAUCGUAAAGUCAUGAAGGGUCGCAAAUGCCUUUGUCUCAGUAUUGAUAAUGAUAGGCAAGAUGUUGGAACAACUGUCAUUGUUCGUGAUUUAUUUUACAAUCAACCUGUUCGGAGAAGACAAAUGCAGUGCAGUGUCAAGAAAGUUUUGCACUCAGUUAAAAAAUGUGCAGUACGGAUUGCUCUUGUGCAGCCUAAUAUUUCUUUCAAAGUCAUUGACAUGGAGAGUGAAGAUGAAUUGCUUCGCACACGCAGUUGCCCUUCUCCUUUGACACUUUUGUGCAGCAAUUUUGGUAUUGAAUCUUCUAGCUUACAUGAGCUGAGUUUUUCUGAAGGUCCAUUGAAACUCAUGGGAUAUGUGUCUUCUCUGUCUAGUCCAUUCUUGUCAAAGGAUGUUCAAUAUAUAUAUGUCAACUCCAGGUUUGUGGAUAAAGGCCCAAUGCAUAAACUCCUGAAUCACCUGGCGGUUAUGUGCCAUGACCAGUUGGGAAGUGACAGUUGUGGAAAGAGAAGUCAGCCUCAAGGUCCAGUGUACUGUUUGAACCUAACCUGCCCUCGCUAUUCCUAUGAUCUGAAUCUUGAAUUUUCAAGGGCUUCUGUAGAAUUCAAGGAUUGGGCUCCUGUACUUGCAUUCAUUGAAAAAUCAGUUAUGUCUAUGUGGAGUGAGGAAAUAAAGAGGGGAAUUUCUCAUAAACAUGAAGCUGUGAUCAGGAAAGAUGACAGAAAGAAAGUAGUUGAAAUGAUUUCUUCUGAAGAAAAAGAUUGGUGGUUGAAGACCUGUGAAAUUUCUACAAAGAGACGUAGGAUCCAGAACAGUGAGAAUCAGCUUGCAUGCCCUGAAGAUUCACUGGGAAUGCAAAUAGAAGACUGUGACGACUCGUCUGUUUGGAAGAACAGCAGUAGACAGCAUUUGAAUCCAGAGAGAAUCAAUGUGAAAUUUAGGGAAUCAGACACAAAGAGGGAGUCUCCUCGUCAAAUGAAUUUUACUGGAGUAAGUGAAUUUUCUCAAUCUGACUAUGUAUGUGAUGUAACAGACAGUAUCGGGAGUGAUCUUUUGGGGCUUGAUAAGGAACGGGUGGAUAGAGAUUUUUUGAGGAAUGAUGUUACUUCUACGGAAAAAGAAGCCAGUUAUGCAAACAUUAAUCUCUUUAAUUCAAGAUGGAAGGAUGAAGUCAGUGUAGAUAGUUCAAUUGCUUGGAACCUUGAAAAGGGAAGCGCUUGGAGUUUUGAGUUCAUACCGGAGCAUGACAGGAAUAGAGCUAAUGAUGAUCAGAGGGAGUUACUUUUGCAAAGUUACCCAUGGGAAAAUCCAAUUCAAGCACCUCUGAACUGUGAUAAGGAGUCCCAGUUUCAGACUGAUAAUUUCAAGGCUAACAGAAGCUGUAACAAUUCCCAUGGCAAUGAAGAUGCUGAUUGUCUUAGUCAUAACUUUGAUAUUCAUCAAAGAGCUCAGUGUCAUAUUGGGGUAGCAAAUCCUUGGCCACUCCCUAAAUCCAAUAUAGGAAGUCUUACAAGGAAAGAUCUUGACCUUGAUCAUAUGGAAUAUGACAACUUAUUAUCACCCUGUGGAGGAUCUUUUAUCAGAGAAUACCCUUUAGAGUCUCCUAGUAAACCAGGCGCAGUGCUCUUCCCCUGCUCGUCAACAAACUUGGGUCAGCAAUCUACAACUACACAUCCUUUCAUUAAAGUGAAAGAUUGGGAUUUUGACAAUAUUACUCAGUGUGAAGAUUUUGAGAGGAAACCUGGAGUAAGAAAAAGUGUUGAUUUUGAGCAGUCAAAUUAUGAAUCUAGUCUUGGUGAUAGGUUUUGCAACACGAAUUUCACUUCUAUGCAUCGUUCAACAUCUCUGUUUACAAAUGAAUAUGCAGGAGUUGAAAAUGGCAUGUGUGAAUAUUCUUCACUUGGGCAUAGUGUUGAUGAAAUGUCCUCUAUAAGAUUUGAUGAUCCUUUGUUCAAAUACAUGUAUUCACCAUCUCCGGACAGAAAGUGUAGAGACUCAUCAAUCUGCUGGAGUCCAUUUAUAUCCUCCGUCAAAGGAAACCAAGUGGACCUGCAAAAAUGUCAAGAGUUUGGGCAGGACUAUCCUAGAGAAAGAUCAGGGAGGGGCUAUGACAGUUCUGAUGGCCUUAAAUGUAACUCUAUGGUAGCAUAUGAGACAUUUUCUCCAUGUCUGGAUUUUCAAAACAAAUUAAGUUCAUAUAAACCAUCAGUGUGUUUUUCAUCCUUAUCUGAUGGUAAAGGUCACAAAAGUUAUCAUCCAAGAUGUGAAGAUUUAGAGCAAAAUCAUAGCUCAUUGGCAUCAGGAAGCUCUGUGAGAUCUAGAAGAAGCCAUUCCGCUCCUCCAUUUUUUAGGGGCAAGAAGAGAUUUCUCUCAGUAAAGUGUUCUAUGAUUUCUACAACUAAAAAUUCUGGUUCGCAGAGAGCUCCUGAAGUUUGCACUGUCCCAGAAAAAGCCAAGUUGAAGCACCCUCUUCUACCAGCACCAUCUUCUAGGUCAAAUUUCCAGCAUGAUGGGAUGAAAUUUAGGGAAGAUAUUCAGUCCUUCGACGAUUACGUACAAGAGGUGAAGGAAACCUCAAAUAUCACACAAGCCAGUGCUUGGUCACUAGAUGGAAACACAGAGGAUGCCUGUUUAAGCAGUGGCUGCUUUAAGGACUUUCAGGAUUCUGAAACCUCAAAUUUCAAGUGGCGAGAAGGCUGUCCAGAUCCUAGAUCAAAGGAGGUUGCUAAUAAUCUAAGAGCUGGAAAUAGGUUAAUUGACCUUAAAGCUGAAAGUGAUAUACUGGAUGUUCAGUCCUCUAUGCUUGAGCUUGCUGGUGAUUCAUUAGUUCCAAAAUCUAUCAAUAGAAAUGGCUUGCAGAAUGCCAAGGUGCUUGUGCAGAUUGAUAGUAAAUUCAUUCCAGUUGUGGCAAAUGGAACUUUAGCAGUAAUUGACCAGCAUGCUGCGGAUGAGAGAAUUCGACUUGAAGAAAUACGUCGCAAGGUGCUUUCCGGUGAAUUGAAGUCAAUAAACUAUCUGGAAAAAGAGAAAGACUUGGUUUUGCCUGAAAUGGCCUACCAGUUACUGUGCAAUUACGCGGAGCACAUAAAACACUGGGGAUGGAUAUGUAACAUUUUCUCUAUGGAUUCUGGAUCAUUCACAAAGAAUCUGAGUCUUCUAAAUGGGCGGGCAUCUGAUCUCACACUUAUUGCGGUACCAUGUAUUUUGGGUGUAAACUUGUCUGAUAAAGAUUUAGUUGAAUUUCUUGAACAACUUGCUGAUACUGAUGGAUCAUCAAUCAUUCCACCAUCUGUAGUUCGAAUCCUAAACUACAAAGCAUGCAGGGGUGCUAUUAUGUUUGGGGACAAACUCAUGCCAUCUGAAUGUUCCCUCAUCGUUGAAGAGCUGAAGCAAACUUCAUUAUGUUUUCAAUGUGCUCAUGGAAGGCCAACAACAGUGCCUCUGGUGAAUCUGAAGGCAUUACACAAGGGAAUUCUACAGCUUGGAUCCUGGCAUGAAUAUUCUAAGAAUACAUGGCAUGGACUCCGCAGGAAAGAGAUUACUCUUGAUCGUGCCAAACGUAGACUUGAUAUGGUAAGAGGCUGUGACUGAAAAACUGAGCUUGCUGAUAUACAAAUUGUACAAUGGUGGUGGUAUAAGGUUUUUCUUUAUUGUCUUCACACCUAUUUGUUCUCUAGUAGUUUUUUGCAUUUUCUUUUGUAUAAUUUUUUUUUUUUUACAAAAAUAAUUGUUCUUUGGCGAUUAAAGCAAUAAUAGCUGAGUACUCCCUUUGUAUAUAUGGAGAGAGUAUACUGUUCUUUCGUUCUUUCAAACCUGUAUAUGAUGUAAUAAUGUGGCCAUUCAUUGACGGUACAACAAUUAAAGAAUAAAGGAUGAAGAUAGAAUUCAUCAAACAAUCUUUCUAUCUCUCUCUUUUUCUUUUUUUUGAAUGCAGAACGGGAAGUGCAUAUAUUACGAGAAAAUGAUUCCUUGGAUAAAAGGUUUGUUACAGCAUACAGUAUGCAGCAAUUUACCGUUCAAUUUCUCACAUUAGAAUAACUUUUGCUGUUCGGGAGGCUUUUCUGAAUGUUGGCAGCUUCUCAGAAAAUUCUGACAAUUGUUCUGAUGUCAGCAUCGCUGAGGAUUCAUUGCUGGCCUUGUAGUAGAUCACCAUUUCAUUUAA